AUGGAUUCUCAGAUGUUUAGGAACAUCGGCCAUGGGAUUCCACAAAACCGGACCUAUCAUGAGGUUUAUCCCGAAAACGGUCGGUGGUAUGGCACGUACAAGAAGGGAAAGUACAUGCUUCCCAUCGAUGAGACCGAGUUGGAAAGACUGGACGUCUUCCACAAGAUUUUCCUUGUUGCACGCAGGGAGGUUCUUCACAGCGCCCCCCUUCACAACCAACAUAAUCCUAGAAUCCUAGACCUAGGCUGUGGCACGGGGAUAUGGGGUAUUGACAUGGCAGACAAAUACCCCAAUGGGGUGCACGUGGGCAUCGAUCUAGAUUAUAUCCAACCCGAAUUUAUCCCUGCCAACAUGCGGUUCAUGCGGCAAGAUAUCGAAGACCCGUGGCAGAACCUGGACCCGGGCUCCUGGGAUCUCAUCCACAUGCGUACCCUCAACGGCAGCAUUGCGAACUGGCCCCAUGUGUACGCCGAGGCGUACAGGCACCUCAAGUUUGAUGGCUAUUUCGAACAGGUUGAGAUUGAUUGGAACCCUCGGAGCGACGACGGUACCCUCCGACGGGACGCCUACGUCGUACAGUGGGCGAGCGAGCUUUUGGAGGCCAUGGACAGCACGGGCCGCCCGCUCCGUAUGGACAGCAACCUGACCAAGCAGCGACUGGCAGACGCAGGCUUCGUCGACAUCGGGGAGGAAGUUAUCCAGAUGCCGCUCAACGGCUGGCCUGCAGACCCACACACCCGAGAAGUUGGCCGGUGGUUCAAUCUGGGGAUGCGUCAAGCCUGCCAACCACUCAGCCUGGCGCCCUUGUGCCGAGUACAUGGCCGGACCCCGGCCGAGAUUCUUGGUCUCGCCGAAAAGGUCAGGACUGAGGUUUUCAGCAACAAUCUGCAUGCAUAUUGCACAAUGCAUAUCUUCACUGCCAGAAAGCCACGGUGAGUCUGGCUCGUUCCUUGCUAUCGUCAGCCGGGCCUCGCAGGGUCACGGCGCAGGGCGACUCCUGCCCGCCGUGAUCAACCAACCAGCCCUGCGCAAACGUCGAUGGUACAAGCCACAUUCGCAUCAGACGUAGUGUUAGGGCCGAGUUGUGGGCGAAUGGUUGGGCUUCCAUCCUGCACCUCAAGUGUUUUUCAGGCUCAUUGACGGUUCCCACCCCUAUGAUGAUAGGGCGGACAACCAUGCGACCCACAGUACACCCAACCCGAUGCCCUCCUCGCGGCAGCAUUCGGCAAGGAGCCGACUCCGUCAGCAGG